AUGGUCAAUGCACGUAACCAAUACUUCAACAGCACUGUUCCUCGAACAAAUCAACAGCAUCAACAACAAAAUGUUACGACAUCUUCUUCUGAACAUAAUCAUCUUAGCGUAACCAUCUCCAGAUCAACGUUUCCACCUUUUCGUAUAAACUUUACCGGUAAUAGUUGGCCGUCGGAAUUAUCAAUCAUUAAAGAUAUGAAUAAGCAUUUCCGCAUCGGUCUCUCUUAUGGUCGGUACUCAUCUAAUGGUAAUAAAAAAUGUUUUCUUAUUUAUGCAAAUACUAGUGAACAAUUCGAUCGAUUAAUGGAUAAAAUAUCAUGGCCAAUCCAGAUAUGCUCUUCUGAUUAUGAAAUUUCGUUUCCUGUUAAAGUACCAAUGGCAUACUCAAUUGUUGCUACUGGUGUUCCUGCACAGUGGGAUAUGAGUCUUUUUGAAUCGGAUAUUAAAAAGCAAUAUCCUACAAUAAUCAAAGUAGAACGACUCUAUGUUAAAGGUGGUAUUCCAAUAUCUAAAGUUAGAAUCGAUUUUUCAACAAAUCAAGAAGUAAAGAAAAUUAUACAAAGCAAGCGUCUACUACUUGAUGAUGAAAACACAUCGUUCAUGGUACAACCGUACUCUCCACCAACAAAAAUAUUACGAUGCUUUAACUGUCAAGUAUACAACGACCACAUUGCAGUUAAUUGUCCUUAUAAAGACAAACCUAAAUGUUUCCGCUGUGGAUCAAACCAUCCGUACAAUCCAAAUUGUCAAAAUGAUAUCUGUUGUGCUAAUUGUGGUCAAGGUCAUAUGGCAGGUAAUCCAAAUUGUCCAAUCAAAGUAGAAGAACGCAGAAAGCAACAGCAGCUGUCAAAGAAUAUGAUAUCGAACAAAAAUAUUAACUACAACAACAACAAAUUAUUUUUACAAGAAAAAUCUCGUGAAACUCAGAACGUAUGGUUUAAUAAUGCUGCUAAAGAAGCUUUACAAACACCAACUUAUACUACAAUUCAAAAUGAAAAAGCAACUGAACGUCCAGACUUGUUAGAUGAAAUGAAUAUGAAAUUGAAUCAAAUAGUUAACAGUCUAGACAAACUCGCACAAGAUCAAGCAAAAUUAAAUUCAAAUAUUUCAAAUGCAUACCAUUUGAUAAAGUCAUGUCAAAAUGACAUUGUUUUACUUAACAACUUUGUAAUGAAAGAUGUAUGUCCAUUUCUUAUAAAUUUAAGUAAUGCUGUAAUGAAUUUCGGAAAGAAGGAUCAAACAGAAAAAUUACAUCCAAAUAUUAAAAAGUUUAAACAACGGUAUGAAGAAACAAUGAAAACAAUAGAAAAGAAAUCAGAAGAUAAAAAUCAAAUAGAUGAUCCUAUACUAUAUAGAUCGUCCCCGAAUGAAUCCAACAGCAGCAGUAUUUAA